UAAUGACACAUGACGAACUUUAUCAUGGUCGCAAACGUGACCGACGGCUCAUGACUUCGGUUGGCUCGUCAGCAGUGCUUCACGGGAGAACUACGGACGAAUUAGUGGAAGAGGAGGAUGUUUCGAUCAAGUAUGUGACCGAAAAUUCACUCGGCGCGUACGCGAAGUGACUUUUUCCUAUGUAUGUGGUUUCGAACGAUAAUUCGCAGUAGUUGUAAAAACGGCUCACUAAAUGGGGAAAGUUAAGAAGAAACCGGAAUUGCUCCACUGCAGCAAAUCGCGCAAUGUAUUACGUAACUUAUUGCUAAGAGAUUUUGGAUUACGCACAACGCAUAAAACUAGCACACGUGAAUUAGAACCAAUAGCUGAAACAAACUUGGUUUUAAAGGACCAUAAGGAAUUGAAAUGCGAGUUACCUGGUGUUCCUAGAGCUACAUUCUUGAUGGUUUUUAGUCCUGAUGGGACCAAGGUAGCAUCUACUCAUGGGAAUCAUAAUGUUUACAUUACGGAAAUUACAACAGGGAAGAAUAUUAGAACUCUGUCUGGUCAUCCACGUACUCCAUGGUGCAUAGCUUUUCAUCCAUCUUCCAGCCAGAUCUUAGCAUCUGGUUGCUUAGGAGGCCAAGUUCGUGUAUGGGAUCUAAGUGGUGGUAGUGAGAUAUGGAAUGCUGACAGCCAAACUGUCAUAGCUUCAUUAGCAUUUCAUCCAUCCGAGAGGUUAUUGGUCAUAGCAACAUAUAAUGAGAUACACUUCUGGGACUGGAGUAAAUCUCAACCUUUUGCUGUGGCUAGUACAAAGACUGAAAAGGAAAAAGUGAGAUACGUGGCUUUUGAUAGUUUAGGGAGAAAAUUGAUCACAGGAAUUGCAAAUACGCCGCAAGUUCAGUCACAAUGGGACCGUGCUCCUAUGGGUCAAUUACUCAGAACUAGUUUAAUGAACUUGAGAUAUCCGCGAGUAGGGCUCUCGGAUAUUGAACUUUCGCCUUGGCACUUGUGGAACCAUGGCUCCGCGUACGGAAGAGGACCAGCGGACAAUUAUGCGGAAAGAACCUCCCGUGCAUACUUGUUCAUGCGUAGAGGCCUCGAAAUGUCUCGAAUGCGAUACAGCAAUAAUCAAGAGUUGAGGAGUACUCUAAGGCAAGAAGAGACACGGUUUCCACGACGACGAAAUCUAUCGGAAGAACUGAAUCAAACUAGGGAAGCUGCAUCUCGUCCAAAUAUCACAAGAAUUCUUCAUCCACCCAGCGUCAGUCUAGAAAAUAUGGACAGUGCAGAGAACAGGUCAGCGGAUGAUAGUAACGACGACGAGGCACCGGUCGACUUGGCGACGAGGCACGAACAAGAAGCGAAUACGAUCAACGACGAGUUGCAGUCUGGUCACCCUCAUCCCAGAAACGAUUUGUACGAUCGUUUGAACAAUGCAUGGGCCGGAGUGGACGAAAGAUUGCAGGGGAACAACUCGCAGGAUCCAGAGAGGAGAAUAAAUUUAUGUUAUAGGAAUCUUGUCGAUCAAUACGUGACGCUUGUGAGACGUUACUUUGAUGUAUCCAACAGAAACAGAGAUACGAUCGAUCGCGGCACAGAUCCGAUGGAUAUACGAGAGACGUCGUCCGCCAAUCCUGAGGAAUCCAACAGCAGAAAUGAAACUGCAACCGAGUCGUCCAUACGAAGACUGAGGAACGAGCUGAAUUCCAGCGCUCAAGUGAACAAUACGAAUCUAGAGAGGCUGCAACGGUGUCGGCGAUUGCUAAUGGAGCGCUCCGAGCAAGAGGAGAUCGGAACUACUCUUCAAAAUUUGAGAGAGGCUCUAAACGCCGCCGCCGAAAAUAAUAGCUCUUGCUUAGUACGAUUGCAGAAACUGCGAGAGAGACUACAGAGGCAGACCACUACCUUGUUUGAUCAUUCAUACAACUGCAACUCUCGUCUACACCUGCUUCGCAAUGCUUUGACCGACGAGAUCGAAGCGCUCAACAAUAUGGAGGUACAGUUCACUAACACAAGCUCCAGGAUCGAGCGAUUGCGUGACGAGUUUACGAUGUACGGUAUUUUGCCGCGAAAUCGUCAUAUCGCGAGUGAUCCUUCGCAACUGAAUCUGAGUGAGGCCGAGUGGCGAGCGCUCGUCGCGAACGACGAGCCAUUACCUAGCACCAGUUCCGGACUGACGGGAAACACGUUGCACUCAACGCUGCCCUCAGGAACGUCCGGUGAUUUACAUCUGGAAUCCGAUGUAUUUCCUAGCUCGAGCUCAGACGGCAACGAAGCCAGAAGGAAUGAAGAACGCGGCGCACAUGCAGACGGUAACGAGCAUGCGAGCACUUCGUCGGGAAACAGGAAUCAAAAUGCUGGAAGGGCUACGAGAAGACGUUUCGAAGCUACAGAUACGGAGGAUGAACCUCCCAGGAGACGAAAGCGUAAAUUGGGGCCGCCGAUAUCGCUACCUUACAUCGGAGAUAGUUCAUCAUCGAGCGACGAAGGGUACUUGGCGUCCACGUCGCGUAACGGUCCAUCUAACUUCACGGUUUCCACUCAUUCGGCGUUUCAACCAAAUGUACCCAAACUCGUCCCACAAGUAGUGAGGCCGCAAAAUCAGGAGGCGCCGACUAGUUCUUCCAGGUUAAAUGACGAGGAGAUGGACAGAAACGAUUUGUCCGAUAACGGGAAUAACGAAUUGAAUGAAAAUAAUGCCGAAACUAAUAGAACAUUGAGAAUCAUACAACAAUGCAAUCGUACACAAAGAAAUUUACCUCUACUCAGGAGAGUGCUAGACGUCCUUCAGCGGCAUUUGAAUGCAGAUCGGAUGGAUAACAAUAACACUGUCCAGCAAGUUUCGUUAGAUGAUUCGGAGAAUGGAUAUUGGCUUCUCGAAGAAAACAGUAAUUCGGAUUCCAAUCUGGAUGACUCAAACUCCAACAGCAAUUCGAACCCUCGUCGAUGGACCAGUCGAUGGAUACAGCUGGACACUUCGAGUAGAAAUACGGAGUACACUAAUGACUUGUCAAACGAGCAAGCUCAAGCGAGAUCUCUCUCAGAAGACGCGGCAGAUCAGAAUUCUAAUGAUAGAAAUAGAGAACAAAUUACUUUCCGUGAUGGGGGGCACCGAUUGUCGCCCGUAUCUCUAAACCCUUCUCGUUACGAAGAACCACCGUUGUUUCCUUUUAGAAGCUUACGAGAAAAUCAGUCUCGAAGAGUAGAUCAGAAUCAGACACUCGCUAGCGACUCCACUCAUAGUACUCCGUUUCAGUUGCAAAUGACCGAUUCGAGUGCGACGUAUCUGUUCCCAAAUUUAACGGAACGUGUUAACGAUCCUGUGGUGAGAAUCGUUGCUGACAGAGUUAAUCGCGAGAGCAGCUUCGCGAGCGGCAGCAGGCAACAGCAGCAGCAGCAGCAGCAGCAACAACAGAGGAAUCAAAGUCAGAGCCAAAGAAAUGCAGACGACGCGGACCUCGAUCUCAGAAUGCUCGGUAUUGGCAAUGUGGAUUCGAGAGAAGGUUCAUUGGGAGUUCGACAAGGAAUCCAGUUACUUAAUCGUCACAUUGACAAUAUGCAACGCUUAUGCCGGGCGCGAUUGGAGAUAGUUCAGUUGUGCCAAGUGCGUAAAAUGUGGGAGGAUCUGCAGCGACAGAUACGUUCGUUACACGUGACAGUUCGUGUGGAAAGACUGAGCAACAACGAUCAAACGGAGGCGCAGAGGGAUGUCGGUAACACAACCGGCAAUCCCGCUGCGUCAUCAACGGCAGCCUCGUCGACAAACUCGUCCACGACCGCGAAUCCGCAGAACGAAUCGGCGAAGAACUUCAAAAAGGCUCUGCUGGAGAAUUAUCAGAGGCAGAACAGCGAGAACGAUCACGCCAGAACGUAUGAUCACAGCCAGCCGUCGACGUCGCGAGGAAUCACAGAGAGAAAUCGCGAAGACGAACCAACGCCGUCAUCUAGCGGCUCCAAUGUCGAGGAGACCUCAACCAACAUCAGUCUGUCGAACUUGUUGCCGAGCGAUUCGGAGCUACGACAAAUGUUAUCUCACAAUUUGAAGGAAAUGUUGGACGGCUGGUAUUCGCGCUUGACGUCACGCUGUCAGAACUGCACUUCCUCGCCCGAUGCCAAUAGCACGCAGCAAUAUACAACGAACGAUCACACGUAUUCCUCAAAUGUAGCUAUGAACAGCAGAGGAGCACCAGCAGCGACGACCAGUGCAGACGCGCAAUUACCCAGUAUGUCUAGUAUCGUGUCGAAUAUCGGUGCAAAUUCGAGCUUGCCUACAGUGACUGCGUUAACGUCGCAACUGACACCGUUGCCUAGUAUUUCGAACUUCGUCAACAGUAUCGAUCGUAAUGCCAGCUCUGACAGAUCCACGCAGAUGUCGCACACAAAUACCGAUCACCCGGCAAGUGAUACGAGCAACAACGCUAGCAACAGCGGCAACGUCGAUGCCAAUGUCAACUCUGAUCUCGUUACGCAAUAUCCAGCGAAUCAGAGCGGAAGCUCAACCUGCAUAUCAUCACCCGGAUCAUCUUCCAGUAGCAGUAGGUGGCGAAGCAGGCGAAACCAGAACUGGCGGCACAGAAUGAAAUUCCGACUUCUGAGAUCGUGGUUGUUGAGAUCGCGUAAUAUGAAGCAAAGUCGUAAUGGGCCUCAGUCUUCCAAUAAUCCACUUCGUCAUUGCGAGAACGUUAGGAGACCGUGGCACUUGCGCAGAAAUGUACCCUGUAGCAGCAGCAGCAACAGUAACAACGACCGAGACAGAAGACAGACCACGUCUGAGUCCCUGCAGAAAAUUGCGGAAGAUCUUCUGCGACUGCAAUCCCUAGUCCGACAACAAAGAGCCUUAACUCGAAGUGGCAAUGUCAAUAGAGGAUCAGACAGCGACAGUCAAUCGGAAAAUAGAGAUCACGAGAAUCAGGAGAUGGAACAGAUACGGGAAACUACAAGAUUAAGAGCUAGACAAGUUCUUGGUCUGAUGGUGAGAUCUCUGAUCCAGUUCUUCGAAGUGACGAGGUCGGGAAAUGGUUCUCAAAGCAAUGUUCUAUACGAACAGAUGUACAAAAUGUAUGUGUUACUGCACUUGGCGUUGGAAUUAACGGAUUUACUAUUAGCACAAUUGGUAAUAACGAGACGAGAAUUGGAAUCUAGUCAGUACGGACCUUUUACUUCUGAUCUGUCGGUCGAUAAUCAGAAUAGGGGUGAAAACUCAUGUUCCAACAAUAGUAUCGAUAAUAGUUUGCAGACUGAAAGUAAUCGUGCGAACGAUAACCCACAAAAUAGACGCAAUACAGAACGCGAAAGGUUGUCGAGAAACAAUCGCAGCGAUAUACCAAGCACAUCUGCGGGUAUCUACCGGGAAAACGCGGAGGAUCUUCUCUCGGCACCGGGAAUAAACAGACCUUAUCGUAUGGCGGAACAAUUGAAGAGACUAUUUUACACUUCACGACACACACGAGCCGGCACGCACUCGGAAAACACAUCGUCGAUCGAAAAUCAAGGUUCUAACACGGCUAGAUCCAGCAACAAUGGCAGCAGCGACGAUAACAAUUCUACUGGCAAUACUCGCGCUGAAGAUAAUCGACAGUCGGCUUCGAGUAGCGGCCUUAUACUGUCCGAGAAUGCGCUGUCCGCUGAGGUGCAGAGUAUCGUGGAAAGGAUUCAAAGUAGCAGCUCGAUCAAUAACGAUGAUCGCGGUGAGAUCCGAACGAUCGCUGAAAAUCGAGGGACGACCGACGUUCCUAGAGAUAGUCCACGCGAAUCGCAACCACGUAACGAGAGCGAUUCGGUGGCGCGAACGAGAGAUUACCGGCGAAGUCGCAGAAACGCUGUGGCGUUUGAUUCGCCGAUACGUAUCAAUGAACCGAGUAACUUGCAGGAUAACGAGACAGCGCAAAUUCCUAGCCCGUCUUGGACAACCUUCCGUAGAGCUAUGGAACAAAAUAACAUACCGUGGCACCAAUUGUAUAGAUCUCUGAGAGCGUCUUAUCAGGGUGUUCCGUUGGCGCGUACUGCACUGCCGUUUCGCGACUCCUUGUACAGAUAUCCCUCGCUUCAGAGAGACGGCAAUAUCGACUUCGUUCCUGGCACGGACAACGUCUGCUCGUGGCGCAGAUUCCUUCACAGGGAGGGCACGCCGUCUGUCCGACAGGAAUUCAAUGUGCCCGAGCUGCAAGUGAACAGCAUACCUUUGAGAGACUUGAACAAUAUUCCCCACAAUGCUCGUAGAAGACGAAUCUCGCCACCGGCUCGUGAGGCUCAAUCGCUUUCGUCGAAUAUGGUGCAGAGAUUACUCAGUUUUGGCGUCGACAACAGAAACAACGAUCGAACGAAUGAUCUGGCGAAUCAACCCGGACCUAGCUCUGCGAUGGUGAACAACAAUAGGAAUCGGUUGUACAGUCCGGCAUUCUUGGCGGUUUGGCGAUCGAGCGGAGUACGAGUUGGUGCCGGUCCUGGUGGCGGUGGCGACGAUGGGAACGGUGGCGGUGGCGGCAGCGGCAGUGGCGAUGGUGGCGGUGGCGGUGGCGGUGGCGGUGGCGGUGGCGGUGGUGGUGGCGGUGGUGGCGGAGGUGGAGGUGGAGGCGGAGGCGGAGGUAAUGGCAAUGGCGGUGGAGGAGGACAAGAUCCAGGAAACGAUGAUAGCGACGAUAUCGAUUUCGAUCAUAUACCAGUAAGCAUGUUCAAUACACUAGAGAUGCAGAGCUAUCGCGUUCAGGCGUGGGACUUCACUAACGGUGAUAUUCCCGAUAUUACGGACCCGGAGAAGAAUGUGGUGGUACGCGAAUGUAAGAUUCACAACGAUGCCAGCAUUGACAUAUCUUCGGAUGGAAAACUAUUGGCAACACUUUUACCGUCCGGUCGUAUCAAUGUCACGACUAUGUUAGGUGUUUAUAGUUUACAAUGGGAAACACUCGGAGAGAGAAUCUACUCGACGAAAAUCGAUCAAACUGUGGUGUCUGUCUCGAUGUCGCCCACACAACAGCAUCUUCUGGUAGGUUUGGCGCGUAGAAUUCACGUGCCCGCCAGGCCCUUUCCAAUGGCUCUGAUCUAUAAGCUGAUCGAGAAGCAGCCUGAGGACGAGAAGCAAGUUCCGUUGGAGCCGAAUGACUCGAGAAAUUACAAGGUGUACGAUCGUGCCGACAGUCAUCACAGAGCAGACGAGCUCGCGCACAUGUCCAACAACACUACUACGAGUAACACAGCGAGACAGAACGUCAUUAACGCAACGGACAGAUCGCAUAUUCAAGAUUGGCGAAUUCGCAAUAUGAGAACUGAGCUAGAUAUUAAGAGUAACCGUGAGAGUAUGGUGCUUAUUAGGGAAUUGUUGCAAAGCAGUCGCGAGACUACGGGCUAUGUCAGUCUGAAUUGCAUUAGAUGGGUGCCGCAGCCGGGUCAAGGGAUGGUUUACGCCACAAACACCGGACAGUUGAAUAUUCUGCAGUGAUGUGAUGCUCGUAGUAAGAAGUAAGGGGAGUAAACGUUUUCUUCGUAUUAUAACGAAUGCUUAUAACUGAAUGUAUCAUACGCAUAAGAAUGUAUUUACGCAAUAUUGCAGUUCACUGAUACGAAUAUUGCAGUUCGCUGCGAAACGAGUUACUCUCGAUAGAACGUAAGGACAGAUACUACGCGCGUGGUACAUAUUGUUGAUGACAUUUUUAUCACAGUCAAUAUCAGAUCUUGGCGUGACGGUGAUAAAUAGUGCGAGUUUUUGAACGAGACUGCUAUUUGUAUUUUACUGUUUUUUUUCUUUUUUCUCCACAAAUAUUAUUCCCUAUUUUUGUUCUACGAGAUGAAUGUAAAAAUGCAAGAUGUAUAGGUAUGAUAAUAUACGUUCAAUUAAUAUGUCAUAUAUCGUGUAUAUAUAUAAUUAUUAAUAUAUAUGUACUUUAUAUGUAAUAAUUAUAUAUAUAUUUAUAUAUAUAUAACUGUAUAGUUUAUACGAUUUUUCUAUUCCUUUAAUUUUAAAAGCUACUUCACAUUGUGUGUGUCUAGACUGAAAUGUGAAAUAUACGAUCUGACUAACUCUCUACUUUCAGAAAGUUUCUGUUAUAUGCUGUGUAAUAGAAAUAUGGAAGUGGGUGACUUGCUAUAUACAUUAUCAAUAUGUAUUUACCGAUCGAUGAAUGCUACAAUGUCGUUAAAUAAAUCAUUCAGGAAGUA